GCUUCGCUUUGCUCGCUCGUUACGCAGCAAUACAACAAGUCCCUUGGAUACUAUUUUUCCCCGGUCCCAUACCUAUUCAUCUUGAAAGUCUCGUGGACGACUUUCGCUCAUCUACAACUGUGCCGUCACUAUUCAGUGGAUUCUCGAUGCCUAUGAAUUUUUGGCAACGGCUGAGCAAUACUAUGACAAAUAUGUUCUUUAUGGGAUUGAUGUGGUACAAUGCAGUGACUGACGCAUCCUAUUACGAAUAUCACUUCUCCUCUCUAGCUCAAGCAAGAGGGGUAGAUCUACCCCCUUUCGGGGAAGCUACAUCUAAUAUAUCCAUAUUGAUGCUCAACUCUCAUCCUUCCAUCGCUCCGGCGCAGAGUCUACCACCCAACGUCAUUCAUGUUGCUGGAUACCAUAUUGAUGAUGAUACUCACUUACCUCAGGAUCUUCAAGAAAUAAUGGACAACUCUCCACACGGAGUGGUUUACUUCAGCAUGGGUUCAGUAAUAAAACCAUCUUCAAUCCCAAAAGAGACGAUACGUGAUUUAAUUAAAAUUUUCGGGUCAUUGAAAAUGACAGUGUUAUGGAAACUAGAUGAAGUACCCGCGGUAUUGCCAAAGAACAUUCAUGUGAGGAGUUGGUGGCCGCAAGCCAAGAUAUUAGCGCAUCCUAACAUUCGCCUAUUUAUAACCCAUAGUGGUGGCCUUAGUACAAUUGAAGCAGUCCAGUACGGAGUCCCUCUCCUCGCUGUUCCCGUCUUCGGCGAUCAGCCCGGCAAUGCACGUCGAGCCGAACAAGCUGGGUUUGCACGAGUAGUGCCAUAUGAACCGACAUUAGCUCCAAAAUUGGAGAUAGCUUUGAAAGAAAUGUUGGGUAAUGAUAGAUACUACAACAGAGCGAAAUAUCUGUCGACACUUUUCAACAAUCGUCCGGAACCGCCGUCUAAAUUGAUAUCGCAUUAUGUUGAAUUAGCUAUAGAAAGCAAAGGAGCCUACCACCUUCGUUCAGCGACGCAUUUGUACAAAUGGUACGAAAGAUGGAUGCUGGACCAAGUGGCAUUCCUUGUAUUAGUACUGUACGGGUUGAAGAAAAUAAUACAGAAAGUUUGUAUUAUGAUGUGCGGAAAAAAACAGGAGGUGGAAAGGAUAGGAGGUUUAUUAGAAAAACAGAAGUCUAAUGCCGGGCGUAAGAAAAAGGUGCAAUAAUAAUCUUUUAAGAGGGAGCAGAGGAAAAAUUCCUAAUCCUCGAUUUGAUUUUAGAGGGGUAUAUCCACUUUAAAGUUAAAAAUAAAAUAUUGUAUGAGUAACUACACGAUAUAUUCAAGC